UAGUAAUGCACGCCGAUGGCCUCUGAUGAUUGAUCCGACGAGUCAAGCGAACAGAUGGGUGAAGAAUAUGGAGAAGAAGAACAAUUUGCAAGUGAUCAAAUUCACGGACAGUGAUUUUGUACGAACUCUGGAGAACUGUAUACAAUUUGGCACUCCAGUUUUGCUGGAGGGCGUUGGCGAGGAGCUGGAUCCAAUCCUGGAACCGUUGCUCUUGAAACAGACGUUCAAACAAGGUGGUGCGUUGUGCAUCAAAUUGGGUGAUUCGGUGGUUGAAUACUCGAAUGAGUUUCGUUUCUAUAUGACUACAAAACUGAGAAAUCCUCAUUACCUACCCGAAACGGCUGUCAAAGUGACGCUCAUGAAUUUCAUGAUAACACAGGAAGGCUUACAAGAUCAGCUGUUAGGCAUUGUGGUUGCCCGAGAACGACCAGAGUUGGAAGACGAGAAGAACAAAUUAAUUCUUCAAGGGGCUGCGAAUAAGAAGAAACUAAAGGAAUUGGAGGAUCAAAUUCUCGGUGUGCUCUCUGCGUCCGAAGGCAAUAUUCUGGAAGAUGAGAGUGCCAUCAAAGUGCUAAAUUCCUCCAAAGAAUUAUCCAAUGAAAUAGCCGAAAAGCAGGCCUACUUCGAGGAGACCGAACAGAAAAUCGAUGCAGCUCGAUUAGGCUAUGUACCUAUUGCCGUGCAUUCGACAAUCCUAUUCUUUUCCAUAGCAGAUUUGGCCAAUAUCGACCCGAUGUAUCAGUACUCGCUUACCUGGUUCAUCAACCUUUUCAUUAUGGGUAUCGAUAAUUCCGAGAAAUCGGAGGACUUGGAUCAACGCCUGGCAAAUCUGCGAACGUACCUGACUUAUUCCUUGUACUGCAAUGUAUGUCGCUCUCUGUUUGAAAAGGACAAACUGCUGUUCUCCUUUCUGCUCGCGGUCAAUAUGAGCAGGCAUCGAGGAGAGUUGAAUGAACAGGAAUGGCGCUUUCUGCUAACUGGUGGUGUCGGAUUGGACAAUCCACACACGAACCCGGCUGAGUGGCUCCAGCCAAAGAGUUGGGAUGAACUGUGCCGAUUGGAAGAGGUGACCGUAUUCGGCGGAAUCCGUGAUCAUUUUAGAAAGAAUUUGGCCGCCUGGAAGUUAAUUUAUGACAGCGGAACCCCUCACCGCGAACCCCUGCCCAAAGGACUGGAACAUGUGAAAACUAAGCUACAGUUCAUGUGUCUUUUGAGAAUACUUAGACCCGAUAAAAUUGUUCCUGCAAUUCAAGAUUAUGUUGUCGAAAAUUUGGGCAAAACGUACAUUGAGCCACCGCCUUUUGAUCUGCCAGGAUCGUUUGCUGACUCAGCUUGCACCGUUCCCUUGCUUUUUGUCCUGUCUCCCGGUGCUGACCCAAUGGUUGCCUUGUUGAAAUUCGCCGAUGAUAUGGGAUUCGGUGGGAACAAGUUCGAAUCGUUAUCUUUGGGACAAGGUCAGGGACCGAUUGCCCUACGAAUGAUUGAGCGUGGUGUGAAGGAAGGCACAUGGGUGCUACUUCAAAACUGUCAUUUAGCCCCGAGCUGGAUGGAUAUGCUUGAGAAGACAGUUGAAGAUUUGAAUCCGGACACAACACAUCCAGAUUUCCGUCUCUGGUUAACCAGCUAUCCGAGCAAAGAUUUUCCAGUUGCCAUACUGCAAAACGGAGUGAAAAUGACCAACGAACCUCCCAAAGGGUUGCGAUUCAAUCUGUGGCGUUCCUAUCUGAGUGAUCCCAUCUCAGAUCCGGAAUUUUUCCAAUCCUGUCCAAACGAACAUGCAUGGCGAAAAUUGCUAUUUGGUCUCGUGUUCUUCCAUGCGAUUGUUCAGGAACGGCGUAAAUUUGGCCCACUUGGGUGGAAUAGACCAUAUGAAUUCAACGAAACAGAUUUACGCAUUUCCGUGCAGCAGCUAUACAUAUUUUUGGAACAGUACAGAGAGGUUCAAUACGAAGCACUACGCUACCUGACCGGAGAGUGUAACUACGGUGGUCGUGUGACGGACGAGUGGGAUCGUCGAACAUUGAAGACUGUACUGCAGAAAUUCUACUGUCCAGCUGCAGUGGAUGAGAAAGAAUAUAAGCUUGAUCCAAGUGGAACUUACCACAUUCCAGAGGAUAUGCAUUUAAUUAGAAUAUUGUUCACUCCCUACCAUCCACAGUACGAGGGCUACAUUGACUACAUCAAGUCGCUGCCGCUCAACCCGGAUCCUGGCGUCUUCGGGAUGCACGAGAAUGCAGACAUCACAAAGGACCAACAGGAAACCAACCUCAUGUUCUCCAGCAUUCUUCUAACUCAGACCAAAGGAAGCUCCACCACUGGCAAGUCCGUGGAUGAGAUCGUUGACGAGGUGGCUGCCGAUGUCCUAUCCAGACUCCCGGAGAAUUUCGAUACCGAGAUGGUAUUACGCAAAUAUCCGACACGGUACGAACAGAGCAUGAACACAGUACUCGUACAGGAGAUGGUGCGAUUCAAUGUGCUACUCAGUAUCAUCCGUUCCAGCCUGUCGGACAUUCGACUAGCCAUCAAGGGUCUGGUUGUCAUGUCAUCCGACUUGGAGGCGGUUGUUGAGGCGAUGUUGGCCUCGCGUAUCCCAGAAAUGUGGAUGUCCAAGUCCUAUCCAUCACUGAAACCACUCGGGUCAUAUAUCAAUGAUUUUCUGGCGCGGCUGAAGUUUUUGCAGGACUGGUACGAAAAUGGGGCGCCAUCUGUGUUUUGGAUGUCCGGAUUUUUCUUCACUCAAGCUUUCCUUACUGGAGUUCAACAAAAUUAUGCAAGGAAACACACCAUUCCAAUCGAUCUGUUAUCAUUCGAAUUCGAAAUACUGGACGAUAGAAAGUAUGAUGUAGCUCCAGACGAAGGAGCCUUCGUGAGCGGACUUUUUGUUGACGGAGCUCGAUGGGAUCGAAAGACGAAAAAGCUUGCGGAAUCAUUGCCCAAAAUUUUACAAGAUCCAAUGCCCCCGAUCUGGCUAAUCCCAAUGAAGAAGAGCGAUAUCCAGCCCCGACCGUGUUACACAGCCCCGGUAUAUAAGACAAGCGAGCGGCGUGGUGUGCUGUCCACAACCGGCCACUCGACCAACUUCGUGUUGCCAAUGCUACUUACCUCAGAUCAACCGGAGAGUCACUGGAUUAUGCGUGGCGUCGCGUUGCUGUGCCAACUGGACGAUUAGAUGCACCAUAUUACAGGCCGUUCUUCGACAAACAAAGGUGAUGGUUCUUCAUCUUAUCGGAUUGGCGCUGAUGAAUGGCCUACUCUUUUUUGUAACAUGUCAUCAGAUCCACUCAACUUAACGCGCCCAAAGUCAUCACUGAAAAACAACCAUAUCCGACUUCUUGUCAAAGUAGAAACGACACCAAAUGUUUUACCUAAUCUUCUUGCUACCGCUAAUAACUCCUACUGGCGUUGUUCUAGCAAACACCCUUUUCCUGAGAGAGAGAGAGGAAGGAAAAUAUAGCGAUUCAAUUUCACCAGCAAACGUAUAGUUAUUCUUGUCUGUCUGCCCCGGGAGAGAACAACGGGGAGGGUGGAAGGAGUUGCGAAACAAUCCGAACUGUACAACUGUACACGCGCAAAAUAGUGGCAGGGGUGUAACGCAAAACAUGAGAAUGCACAGGGUUCGAUGCGUCUUGGUGCAAGCAAGAAGAACUGGCCAAAAAAGAAGUUAGAAAAGUCAAAAACAUAGGUGUUGGUGAGAUCCUCCAUCACAGAGACAAUUAGUUUCUAAGCCGUUACUUUAGACGCGUGGGCUGCACGUGGAAGCGCAUCCAGGCCGUUGUAGAUUUGGGCGGGCAUAACUGGUAGACCAGAAGCUGCACCAUCGGACGAAACAAAUCCGACAAAUUCCGGAAACACUCGGGAGAUUUCUUCACGUUCCUGAUUGCUUAGUUCACGGUUUUCAGGAUAUGCGACGUCAAAUGUAACGUACAAAGAUCCGCGAACACGCGGAUUCUCGUAGUUGGGCAUUCCUUCGCCGGGCUUAUGGAUGAUGGUGCCAGGAGGCGUCACUUUGUCGCUUUUCAGGAUCACCUACAAUGGGAGUUGGGCAAGGGAUAGGGGUUGGAUGAAAGAAGCGCUGUACCCAGUGGCUGAAUAGAAAGGGUGGAAUUAUGACUGGUCAUCGGUGUCAUGGUAGCGAUUCAGCAAUAGUGUAC